CUCUUCGUCAUAAAUCUAGGGUUUUCAACGAAUUUGCCAAUUCCUUUCUGCAAACUGAGACUUAUCUCUUCCCGAAGUCUCCCUCCCUCUCUCUCUCUCUCUCUCUCUCUCUCUCCAUAUCAAAUCAGGCGCAGAUCAAUCAGACAACACACAUACAUAUAAAACAAGGCGAGAAAUUUCAAAUCCAAAAUCUGUUUCCGUUCCUCGUGAUGCCUGACUCAUAAUCGAUCUAAUUUCCUCCCUGCGCGGAUUUCCCCUUUCUUCCCUCUGAUUAAUUCUCAUCACAGUUUCUUCUUCUUUCCACCGAUCUGAGAAAUCAGAAGGAGAAAUGGUGAGGGGGAAGACGGAGAUGAAGAGGAUAGAGAAUGCGACAAGCAGGCAAGUGACCUUCUCCAAGAGAAGAAACGGGCUUCUGAAGAAGGCCUUCGAAUUGUCGGUCCUCUGCGAUGCCGAGGUUGCCCUAAUCAUCUUCUCCCCCAGAGGAAAACUAUACGAGUUUUCCAGCUCCAGCAUAACAAAAACAAUAGACCGCUACCAAAAACGGACGAAAGAUCUCGCGAUCACUAACAGUAAGGGGAACGUCAAUUCACAGCCAGCAAAGGAUGAAACAUAUGGCUUGGCGAGAAAGAUUGAACAGCUCGAGAUUUCGAAACGGAAAAUGCUUGGAGAAGGACUCGAGGCAUGUUCUAUCGAGGAGCUCCAACAACUGGAGAACCAGUUGGAACGAGGCUUAACCAAAAUUAGAGCCAAAAAGUAUCAGUUAUUCCGCGAAGAGAUUGAGAAGUUGAAGGAAGAGGAGAGGAACUUACUUGAAGAAAACAAAAAGCUAAAGGAGGAGUGUGAGACGGGGGCAAGAGGAGCGUUAUUACAGGCAAAGCAAGUAGAAGAAGUGAAGAUAGAUGACAUGGAAGUGGAGACCGAUUUGUUCAUUGGGCCCCCCGAGACAAGACCUGCCAAAAAAAACGCAGGAAAUUGAUUAAAAAAAAAAGGAGCUUAAUUUAAUUUCUUCUAUUCCGCUCUCUCUCUCUUGAGAAAAAGAAAGGAUCUUAACGAAUGUAUGGACGUCGACUUAUUUGGUAUCCUCGCAUAAAAUUUCGAAAACUCGAAUAAAUUAUUGAGUUUUAUCUACUA